AUAACCUCUUUUCACGAAACAAAAACUCAGUCUUAUCUGUACCUUUGUUGUCAUCCUCAGCGACCUCUUUCCUCCAACACUUCCUUUCAAUUUCCUUUUUAAUUCUUUUUAGAUCUUCUUCUUGAAUUCUUUCAUUGAUCCCCUAUGUAUAUAUAUUGACCCCCAACCUAGUAACCUUUCCAUACAAACCAAGCUUCAAGCAAUCAAAAACGUAUUGUACACAAAAGGGUCUUUGAUUUUUUUUACGUGUAUACUAGCUUGAUCAUCAAUGGGGUCACGAAAUGGGGUUGUGUUUGAAGAUUUCUUUCCAGCCAUGGUGGAGAAAUUGGGAGCUGAAGGGUUUAUGAAGGAGCUAGACAAUGGGUUUCGGUUGUUGAUGGAUGAAGAGAAGGGUGUGAUCACAUUUCAGAGCUUGAAGAGGAACUCAGCUUUGUUGGGAUUGCAAGGCAUGAGUGAUGAGGAGCUAAUGUGUAUGCUUAGAGAAGGAGAUUUGGAUGGGGACGGGGCUUUGAAUGAGAUGGAAUUUUGUACUCUCAUGUUUAGGUUGAGCCCUGGAUUGAUGGAAAGCUCAAGCGAAUUAUUGGAGGAAGCCAUUGUUAGUGAAUUUUAAAUAUUUUAUUCGUUUCCUUUGAAGAAUUGCACCAAGAAUUUAAUUAGUUAUUGUUGAUUUGUUGUACUUGUUCUAGGGCAUCUUGUCUUUUCUUAUUGUUGUCCUGGUCGGGUUGGGUUGUUUUGUAUUGAGGAAGCUAUUGUUAGUGAAAUGUAGAAUCUCUAGCUUUGAAACCCACCCCUCUUCUUCUUUCCUCAAAAAAAGAACAAAAAAUGUGGUCUCCAUGUGUGUUCUUCUAAUGAAUAUCUUUCUCUUUUUGAUGGCCAUUCUGUCAAUUCAAUAAAAUUAUUUUUCUCUCCAA